UUUUAUCUGAAAGUGUGCCAGUCGAGAAACCGAAGAUUCCAGAAGUUGUAUGCUGUUGUUUCUGACGUUUUAAACAAAAAACAAGAUGGUUUCUCUGAAUCCAGUACAGAUCUUCAAGGCCGGUGCAGAAGAGGAGAAGGCUGAGACAGCCAGAUUGUCCUCCUUUGUUGGAGCUAUUGCCAUUGGCGAUCUAGUUAAGAGCACACUGGGACCAAAAGGAAUGGACAAAAUUCUACAAGGAGGUGAUCACAUUUCUGUAACUAACGACGGAGCGACAAUAUUGAAAGCCAUCGGAAUAGACAAUCCAGCAGCUAAAGUUUUAGUUGAUAUUUCUAAGGUACAGGAUGAUGAAGUAGGAGAUGGUACAACAUCCGUGGUUGUGUUAGCAUGCGAGCUCCUCAAGGAGGCGGAAGCAUUGGUCUCACAGAGAAUUCAUCCCCAAACCAUCAUCACUGGCUGGAGGAAGGCAACGGAUGUGGCCAGACAGGCCCUCACAGACUUCGCCAGGGACCAUGGAAAUGAUCCUGAGAAGUUCAGGAACGACUUGAUGAAUAUAGCCAGGACCACUCUCAGCUCUAAAAUCCUCACACAGUACAAAGAUUACUUUUCCAACAUGUGUGUCAAUGCUGUACUAAGACUGAAGGGCAGUGGUAACCUAGACGCUAUUCAGACCAUCAAGAAGCUUGGCGGUGGACUUUCAGAUUCAUACCUAGACGAAGGUUUCCUGCUAGAUAAGAAAAUUGGAGUAAACCAGCCAAAGAGGAUAGAAAAUUGUAAGAUUCUUAUUGCCAACACACCCAUGGACACAGAUAAAAUCAAGGUGUUUGGUACAAAAGUGAAAGUAGAUGCAGUGUCCAAGGUCGCUGAACUCGAGGUUGCCGAGCGAGAGAAGAUGAGGGACAAGGUCAACAAAAUCCUCAAGCACGGUUGUAACGUUUUCAUCAACAGACAACUCAUCUACAACUACCCAGAACAGCUGUUUGCUGAUGCUGGCGUGAUGGCUAUUGAGCACGCCGACUUUGAUGGCAUUGAAAGAUUGGGUCUGGUGACAGGUGGCGAGAUUGUGUCCACAUUUGACUGUCCCGAGCUGGUCAAGAUGGGCCAUUGUGACCUGAUGAGCGAGGUCAUGAUUGGGGAAGAUAAACUCAUCAAAUUCUCAGGUGUGGCUUUGGGAGAAGCUUGUACCAUCGUGUUAAGAGGGGCCACCAAACAGAUCUUGGACGAAGCUGAGCGGUCCAUUCAUGACGCCCUUUGUGUCCUCACACAGACAGUCAAGGAAACAAAGACUGUGUUCGGCGGAGGAAGCUCUGAGAUGUUGAUGGCUGAUGCCGUUUCCAGUCUAGCUACCAAGACCCCCGGCAAGGAAGCUGUAGCUAUGGAAGCCUAUUCAAAGGCACUUAGGAAUUUACCAACCACCAUAGCAGACAACGGAGGAUUUGACAGUGCUCAACUUGUGUCAGAGCUCCGGGCUCUACACUCCGAAGGAAAGAACACCAUGGGCAUUAAUAUGGAACUGGGAGAGGUGGCCGAUAUGGAGAAGAUGGGGAUCACCGAGUCAUUCCAAGUGAAGCGCCAGGUAGUAAUGAGUGCAUCCGAGGCAGCUGAAAUGAUCCUGCGUGUGGACGAUAUCGUAAAGGCAGCACCCCGGCCACGGCAACAGGACCGCUGCCAUUGAGUCGAAGUUCCAUAGUAUUAUCUAUUUCAAUUUCAUGUGUGUGAUUUGCGGAAAUGUAAGAAGCCUUGUGAAAGUAUGAGAGACUGUUCUGAGGAGUGAGAUGCCGAGAUUACGCUCGAAAGAAGUGACUAACUUCUCUGUGAAUCUAUAACUCUUAUUUGUAUCAAGAUGUAACGAUCAAAUUCAACUUAGAUUGAGGCAAGGAUAACAUGCAAAUAUUGGAUACAUGAAUGUGCUUAUCAAACUCAAUAUCUUUUCAUGUAAAAUUAAAGUCCUACUUAUGUUUCAAUAGCAUUAAGGUUUAAUAAUAAUUUCAAGAUUAUUUCUCGAAAACUAUUCAAGAUAUAGAAUCUAGAAUAAAAUUCAUUCAAAUUGUUUAACAAGAAGCAUAUCACUGUACUUGUGUCAUUUGCAAAUUUAAAUUCUGGUGAAUACCGUAUAUUAUUUCUGUUUUGACGCAUAUAUGAUUUUCUUCACAUAUUGUUUUAGAGCUUCAACCCAAAUUUAGUUGUCAUGCUUGUAAUCAAAGACACACACAUCCAGUUACCGUACAUGUGAAAUGAAUUUCUUUCGUAGAAGUUACAAAUGGUCAGUUUGUCAAUAGAAGUGGUCUUCAGUAUUGAACAAGAAAGACAGUCACAUAACGAAGUGUUCAGAACAAUUGGAGUUUUACAGCAUAUUUCAAAUAUGUAAUUUUGUCCAUAAACUGUUCACGUUAUCAGUUUUAUUCGUAACUGAUGAACUCCAUGAACUUUUCUAAUGUAAUCGCCCCGAUUGUCGGUCAGUCAACAAUUACAUUCUUCAAAAAAUUGGUCUGUACGGGCCAAUCUCCAAUUUAUUUAUUAUCAAAUAUUAUACAAAUAUUUUCGUACAUGUCUACAAGGUAGUCGUAGCUAACCACAUGCCUUGGUACCUAUUUUCAUCCAAUUUGUUUGUCCAGUGCUUCUGAUCUGUGAUGUAUCUACCCCAUUUUUUUUUAUGUCAUGGAUGUUUUUUGUAUUCAAACUCUGUAAAAUGCAAAGAUAAAAAAAAAAUCAAAAUUUAUUAAAA